UCCGAUAUCGUUAAUCCUCCGGGUGUUAUUCAUCAUGGCUGUGCAGGCAGGAAGGUCUGUGGUCUUCGUGACUGGAAACGCAAAGAAACUCGAAGAGGUCAUUCAGAUCCUGGGAGACAGGUUUCCCUACAAACUAGUGUCAAAAAAGAUUGACUUGCCUGAAUACCAAGGAGAGCCAGAUGAGAUUUCCAUACAGAAGUGUAAGGAGGCCGCACGACAGAUUGAUGGACCGGUCAUAGUGGAGGACACCUGUCUGUGUUUCAAGGCUUUGGGAGGCCUGCCCGGUCCUUACAUAAAAUGGUUCCUGGACAAACUCAAGCCAGAAGGCUUGUACAAACUCCUAGCCGGGUUUGAAGAUAAAUCAGCAUGGGCUCUCUGCACCUUUGCUUUCUCUGCCGGGAAAGACAAACCAGUACAGCUCUUCAGAGGGAAAACAGAGGGACACAUUGUGGAACCAAGGGGACCUCGAGACUUUGGAUGGGAUCCCUGUUUCCAGCCAGAUGGAUAUGACAAAACUUAUGCUGAACUGCCCAAAGAAGUGAAGAAUACUAUCUCUCACCGCUACCGGGCACUGGCUGCCAUGUCUGAGCACUUCUCUCAAACCAACAAUAACUCACCACAGGGCAAGAGGAAGAAGCAGGAGGAUUAAAGAGGCCAACAUCAGGUUAUGAAUGUGGAGCAAAAUGUAUCAAAGUCAUCUUAUUUGACAAUGGAGGAGAUGCUCCUUAAUACUAAAACAUUUUUAUUGUUGGGUUUAAAAGUAUGGCAGAUAACUGAUUUGUGAUCACAAUGUCUACCUGUAGAAAAUGUGGUGCAUAAUUUAGUUGUUCCCUUAUUUUGAAUAAAGUUUUGUCAAUUUUCAAACAAA